AUGUGGGGAACACAGUCUGGCACUUUACAGAAGACCCAUUAUCAACCAAAAAGAAGACCCAGUUGGCUUUGUGAUCCAUUUUACUCCGUAGACUCCUACAGACUAGCAUAUGAAUGUGCAAUCAUGCCAAUGAGUGGUGACUCUGUAUGGGAGCAGACUUCCUAUGUUCCUCCCUUACCCCACCUUCCUAGUAAGAAAAAAGGCAGAGGCAGACCCAUUUCUUUAAGAAGAAGAGAACCUGAUGAACCGAGGGGUAAAAGAAAGAGGUCAACUUGUCCAUUCAAGCUUAAGAAACAACAAACAACUGUAAGGUGUUCUAAAUGUCAUGCAACAGGACACAAUGCUCUCAGAUGCAAGGUUACUGCAGCACAACAACAAGAAGCAAAUGCAAAUGCAAAUGCCAAUAUCCCUAUGAGGAGGGAGAAGUUAAAGGUUACUAAGAAAAACACAGAUGAAGUUGGAAAAUCUUGUCAUGCACCACAACAACAACAAGAGGUUCAUGCAACUGCCAAUAUUUUACCACCCAGAGAAAAUGAUUUGACGAAUAGUGUCAUCUCAGAUGAGGAGUUGAUGGCAGCAAUUGAUAACUAUACUGAGAUGGACUUCUAUGAACAUGAGCAGCCUCAACCACAAGUUAACAAUCAAAGCAAAAGAGGUGUGGAGAAUUCACAUAUUUUACCACCCACCCAAGAGGAUCUGAUGGAUAGUGUGAUUUCAGAUCAGGAAUUGAUGGCAGCAGUUGAAAGCCAGGUUGACAGCAACAUAUAUCAGUAUGUGCAACCUCACAAGCUAGUUCCUUCUCCAUCUGAGCAGCUGAGAAUGUCUACAAACGAGCCACCUGUGAUUAAUCCUCUGCACACUAAGCUCAAUAUCAGAGCACCCCCACCAAUCACAGGAGGAUAUAGCAGACCAUUAUUCAGUACCAAGCCCAACAGCUCGAAGUCAAUUGUGGUGGAAGGUGGGAAAAAGUUCAUGAACCUUUCUCAGGAAAGCCAAACAGGAGUGCAAAUGAAGAAAGGAAAGUGGAGAAAGAAGUGA